AUACAACCAUGUUAGUCUGAGAAAUUAUCUCACUGUAUUGUCUAAUUACUGUUGUAUGAUUCCAGUAUAGAAGUGACAUAACAGUAGCCUUCACACCUUUGCAUCAAGGUGUUAUAGGGAGCGCUGAGUUAGCCAAUUAUUGCUCAAAGGACUGCAUUCCAUGACGCCAUGUUAAUGAAAUUGGGGCAACUCCUUAAAAAAAAAAUAAAAAUGGAGUAAGAAGUGUUUUGUACAUGGGUUGGAUAGAAAAAUGGAGUGUAUUAUAAAGGCUAUUCACGUGUGUGUCAAAUUAGUGCAAUACGCGCUCUUGAUUCCCUGGCGCCCGUUCCUGGUUGGAUAGGGACUCGUGCUGCUGGGGAUAUCGCCAUUAGAUGACUCACUGAUUUGACAGCUGACUGGCUCCUCUGUCAGUGACGUUGCUGUUUUUUUCCGACCGAAGCCUCUCUAAAAUGGGGGGGUUCGAUUAAUCUCGCCCGUGUAGUCGUGUUUUGCAACGGCUGAAAAUUCGCAUUCCAUCUGGAACCGGGCUGCCUCCCGAACGUGAGCUAGGUGCCGCGCACUGUCAGACGGCUCAAAACAAAAGUGAAAUAGUUAAGCGGGGCGGCAGGUAGCCUAGUGGUUAGAGCGUUGGAUUUAUAACCGAAAGGUUGCAAGAUCGAAUACCUGAGCUGACAAGGUAAAAAUGUGUCGUUCUGCGCCUGAACCAGGCAGUUAAACCCUCUGUUUCUAGGCCGUCAUUGAAAAUAUGAAUUUGUUCUUAACUGACUUGCCUAGUUAAAUAAAGGUAAACAAAAAAAGCACGUGUAGUAAUUAAUAAGAUUCUCUGUUUUCCUAUGCUGAAGUGAUAGUUUUCAUUGUGAAGACAAAACUAUUUAGAAAAUUAAAACAUUUAAUUUAUGGCCUAUGCACCAUGCUGCCUUGUUGACAACGUGACUCAGCGGCGCAAAUUACUGUUCGUUUUGAUAGGGCGCUCCUCCCUCCCCGCUUUUACAUGAUUCAACCCGGGCCAGUGUAAAAUAACUCCCUUAUAUCUCGUCAAACAAGAGAUCUAUCCAAGAACCCACCUGAUCGACUUGAACCAGUGGUAGUAGGCCUACAGUAUAUAUUCCAGGUGCGCUUGACGAGAAAUAUCAGCUGGUCAUUAUCUGCGGUAUGUUUUGGAAUGAAACCUGCCGACCUGGAAUUUGAUUUAGUCUACGUAGGUGCGUAACAGUAAAAUGCUGCCGUGUUAUAAUCUCUAACAGGAGGGGAUUUACUAGCUACAGACUAAUCCGUUGAGACCGCACAUCCAUCGUUUCGCGACAAUCCGUUUUCCUGUGAUGUGUUGGUCAACAUAGUUUGUGAUACGUUUAUGAAUGUGAUGUAAUUUGAUACAUCCUUGCUGGGCAAGAGUCCCGGUCACGGAUAGACCGGCGCCAACGGUUGAAGAACAUUAACUGACCAGAUUUAGAUCCAACUAAUCUCCAUGUAUCUGCCACGGUGCUCGGCGAACAGAGACCAUCGGUUUACCAUUGUACAGUUAGCCCGCAUGCUCUCGGUUUAGCCGGCCGCGGAGAGAUGCGAGUAGAUGUGGAGUACAGCCCGGUCGGCGAGGGGCUGGGGAUGAGCGAGUUCUGGCUAUAUGUGUGGAUGCGAAGGAUCGCAGUGAUCGCUGCGCAUGUCAUAGCUGUGGGUCUCACUGUACUGAUUUCACUACUAUCCCGCCCUGGAACAAGUCUAUUUUCCUGGCAUCCUGUGUGCAUGUCUAUCGCAUACCUCCUGUGCCUGACCGAGGGGAUCCUCCUCUUCUCUCCCGAGGGGACUCCGUUCUGCUUCAAGGCACGGAAGGGUAAAGUCCGUCUGCACUGGUUCAUCCAGGCCCUGGUCAUAUUGGCUGCAGCCACCGGAGUUGGCUUCAUGGUUGCCAGCAAGAACGUGUCAGAGCGCCCCCACCUGGCCACCUGGCACAGCCUGCUGGGGGUGGGCACCCUGGCUGCCACUGUCCUCCAGGCCGCCUGCGGUAUCUGCCUCCUCUUCCCUAAGCUGCUCAAGCUGUCGCCUCCACGGCUCAAGCUCUACCACGCCACCUGUGGCCUCGUGGUGUACCUGCUGGCGACUGUGACCGUGGUGUCGGCCAUGUUUUCUGACUGGUUCCAGGCCACGGUGAAGGGGGUGGUGUGGUACGCCUUCCUGCUGCUGCCGCUGUUCCCAGCCCUGGUGAUCAUGAACCAAAUCACUAACGCCUACCUGCCACGCAAGAAGAUCACCACCUGAGACUAAGUUGUAGGUUUUCACAGUACAGUAGACUAUAGAUCAGUGUCUCCCAAACCUCUCAUGAGUACCCCCAGCCAGUCUACGCAUUUGAUGUAUUCGACAACUAGCACAGCUGAUUUAACUAACGAGGGGAUUUAUUAGGUGAUCAUUUCAACCAGCUGUGUUAGUUUGGAAACCGUCAACUAAGUGGACUGUCUAUGGGUACUAUGAGAGGUUGGGCAAACUGCUAUAUAUACAGAUAUACGUAUCUCGAAAGACUACCACCAGGAACUCAGUCUUACACACACAAGUACAAACAUAUACAAAGUACUAGUGACGGGAGUUAAUUGAGUUAAUACACGCACAUCUAUAAGAAGACCUGGGUGUGACCGUUGAAUCCUGAUAAACAUGUAUGGGACCUGCCCUGAAAGGCUACUGAAAGCUGACAGUGGUUGUAACCCCGAAGUCGUCUCCAUUCCGUCAUCUGUUUCUCCAGAGGCUACUUUGCGAAUUUUAUCUGGCGAACAAUAAGUCUGCGAUACUGUAUCCGGAUGGUUUAAGGCAGGGCUGUCCAACCUUGUUCCCGGAGAGCUGCAGUCCUGUAGGUUUUCACUCCAACCCUAAUCUAGCGCACCUGAUUCUAAUAAUUAGCUGGUUGAUGAGCUGAAUCAGGUUGGUUACAACUGGGGUUGGAGUGAAAAGCUGUAGGAGGGUUAGCUCUCCAGGAACAGGGUUGGAGUGAAAAGCUGUAGGAGGGUUAGCUCUCCAGGAACAGGGUUGGAGUGAAAAGCUGUAGGAGGGUUAGCUCUCCAGGAACAGGGUUGGACAGCACUGGUUUAAGGGAAUACAGUACCACUGUGUAUCAACCAGAGUGUGGUUGUAAGCAGAGCAGCUAUGUGGGUGUGUAUUUUACCAACCCUUUAUACGUUUUGUUUUAUGAUUCUUCUGUCUUCAGUCAGCCUAUAUGUUACUGAACAUUAGCCAUUACGGCACAUUUUACUUUUUUUUUUUACCCUUGUUUGACGUCUUGUCCGGAGAAGUGCGUGUGUCAUUGUCAUUGACACCGGAAAGUAUUAGCUUUCUCUGAAUGAAGGUAUUCGCUAGAAACCCCUGGCGCACAAAGGCCUAUUGGAUGUACCAGCACGAUGCCUAAACUUCUCCCAGUCUUAUUCAGUAGGUAAAAACACUUGAAAGAUAUUGUGACCAAAUACCAGCAUGUUGUUGGGCCAUUUUUAUACUUGAAAAAGGGCAAAUAAGUCAAACAAAAAGGGAAUAAUAUCGUAAGAGACCAUAAAGAUUUUUUUUUAAAUCUAUCAAGUCUUCAUGUAUUGACGGUGCUGUGGCAGCCGCAGGAGUAAGGGAGUUGGUUCCUAAUUUAGUUUUCAGAGCAUACCUACAACUCUAUUUCCUGCUAUGCUAUAGGUAGUUUACCAGCAGCAGCUAAAGUAACUUGGUGUCAGACUAAUAAAAUGGCCUUUGGUGCCCAUGUUGUAAAACACAGUUCCUUGAACUACUCAUCUCUUCUCUGCUUCACUUGCUUGUAAAACCAAUCCAACGCCCUCCUGUUUUAAUAAACUGUUUGUGUCCUCAUUUUAACUAAUGCAAGGUUGUGUUUACUGACUACAACGAGUGUGGCUGAAUUGAGUUUCUAAGGUGGUCUUUUUAGUGUGAUUAUAUGCUCUAAUAGUUAUGUGUGUCGUGUUUGAGUUCCGGGAACUGGGCGAAUGGACUCACACUGUAUACUUGCAGUCUGCCUAGUUUUCACUUCUGAGCACCUAUGAACAUAGAUGUCUUCAGGUGUUGAAAAGUUGAUUUCUUCAAUGUUUGUUACGAGCACCUAAUGAAUGUAGCCUAUUCUACUCAGGUCUAUGACCUUCAAACUCUGUGCUCAUUAGAGUAAGAAGUGGCCCCUAACCACUGAUACGGGAGAAAAUAUUCUCAUCCCCCUAUUGGUUAGCAUUGAUACUGCGUGUAGGGAAAUCUGAUCCUAGAUCUGUGUUUGAGUGCAACUUCUACCUUGUGUGUUCAUUGGAUGAGCUGAGUAUUUAUUAGUGGUCAGUAAUCUAGGAUUGUUUUAAAGAGGAACAUGCAAGAGAUUGUAACUCCUAACAAUGUUAUCUCCCAUUUUAUGCUUACUGGACAUGACCCAGAACUCUAAGGUUGCAGUGAACCUGCUGAUUGUGUUGUCUAAAUAAAAACCUUGAAUCCCAUGA